AACGCGUCAACACCAAGGCCUUGGAGGCGCCUGGGCGGCGACAGAGGUCCGGAGUCAGGGCCUGUGGCUGAGGACAUGAUGGCCAACUUGGUCCCACUUGAAGAAAGAGGAUAAUUACGUGGAUCACUCAGAGUAAAAGGCAAGGGGUCUGGUUCAUGGGAAUCUCCCUUACUUGGUAACUAAAGUCUUCAGAAAGGGAAGUAGAACCAGGCCAAGAGUUUGAAGCCUGAAUUUGCCAGCCUGCGGUGACUCUGUGCAAAAAAAGAACUAGAUCUCAGAAUGGCCACUAAGCACAGCUGGCAUCCUGAGCUCCUCUUCUGCCGCUUCCAACAGGUCAAGGAAUAAGGCUCGCUAUCGGACCAAAGCCGUGAGCUCUGAAGUGGAUGAGAACCUCUUUGGAGAUAUCAAGUCCCCAGCCCAGGGCCAGAGUGACAGCCCCAUUGUGCUGCUCCGAGAUAAGCAUACCCUUCAAAAAACUCUCACUGCUUUGGGCUUGGAUCGAAAGCCAGAGACCAUCCAGCUCAUCACCCGGGACAUGGUCCGAGAGCUCAUUGUUCCCACAGAGGAUCCCUCCGGGGAAUCCCUAAUCAUCAGCCCUGAGGAGUUUCAGCGAAUCAAAUGGGUAUCCCAUGUCCUGACCAGAGAAGAACUUGAGGCCAGGGACCAGGUCUUCAAGAAGGAGAAGGAAGCCAUCAUGGAUGCAGUGAUGACACGAAAGAAGAUCAUGAAACAGAAGGAGAUGGUGUGGAACAACAACAAGAAGCUCAGUGACCUGGAGGAGGUAGCCAAGGAACGGGCCCAGAACCUCCUGCAGAAAGCCAACAAGCUGCGGAUGGAGCAGGAGGAGGAGCUCAAGGACAUGAGCAAGAUUAUCCUCAAUGCUAAGUGCCAUGCCAUUCGGGAUGCCCAAAUCCUGGAGAAGCAGGAGAUCCAAAAAGAACUGGACACAGAGGAGAAGCGGUUGGAUCAGAUGAUGGAAGUGGAGCGGCAGAAAUCCAUUCAAAGGCAGGAGGAACUGGACAGGAAGAGGAGGGAGGAAAGAAUUAGAGGAAGGCGGCAAAUUGUGGAACAGAUGGAAAAGAACCAGGAGGAGCGAUCACUGCUUGCUGAGCAGCGGGAGCAGGAGAAGGAGCAGAUGCUGGAGUAUAUGGAACAGCUCCAAGAGGAAGAUCUAAAGGACAUGGAACAAAGGCAGCAGCAAAAACUGAAGAUGCAAGCUGAGAUUAAGCGCAUCAAUGAUGAAAACCAGAAACAGAAAGCAGAGCUGCUGGCUCAGGAGAAGCUGGCGGACCAGAUGGUGAUGGAGUUCACCAAGAAGAAGAUGGCUCGAGAAGCAGAGUUUGAGGCUGAGCAGGAGAGAAUCCGGAGGGAGAAAGAGAAGGAGAUCGCCCGCCUGAGGGCCAUGCAGGAGAAGGCCCAGGAUUACCAGGCAGAACAGGAUGCCUUGCGGGCCAAGCGCAACCAAGAGGUUGCAGACAGAGAGUGGCGCAGAAAGGAAAAGGAAAAUGCGCAGAAGAAGAUGGAAACAGAGGCCGAGCUGCGGAAAAGUCGGCUCGAACAGGUGGCUUUCAAGGAGCACGCUCUGGCUGUUCAGGUGCAACGGGAUCGAGAUGAGUUCGAGAGGAUUCUUCGGGCUCAGAGAGAACAGAUUGAGAAGGAGCGGCUGGAGGAGGAGAAAAAGGCCACAGGGCGCUUACAGCAUGCCAACGAGCUCCGGCGCCAGGUGCGAGAGAACCAGCAGAAGCAGGUGCAGAACCGGAUUGCCACCUUUGAGGACGGCCGGCGCCUCAAAGAGGAGGCCCAGAAACGCCGUGAGCGCAUCGAUGACAUCAAGAGGAAAAAGCUUGAAGAGCUGAGAGCCACUGGCCUUCCCGAGAAGUACUGCAUUGAAGCUGAGCGCAAAGCUAACAUCCUGCCAGCUACCUCUGUGAACUAAGGGGAGCCUUUGUGGCCUUCAGGAUGCCUUCGGGGGACAGAUUCUGCCCAGUUUCUGGGUAUCUGUAAUUGCUGCUAACCUAGACAUUUCAUAGUUACAGAUUAAAUCUAUUUGACUU